GCGCGUGAUCAUUGAAACAGAAAGCAUAAACUGAUAUUGGGUGGUUGAUGGCUUUCUCUCUGCCUUCUCCUCCUCCUCUUAAUCUUCCGACCUCAUAUUCUUCAUCCACCGUCAACGGCCAUACCAUCGCCGCCGUCGCCGGCGCAAGAGACGCUAGGAGGAGACUGUCACUCACACGAACAUUUGUCGCAAAAGCUUCAGAAAAGGACGAUGAAACCCCAUCGUUUAAUCCUUUUGGUUUCGUCACAGAUAAUCCGUCAAGCCGGAGCGCCAUUCAACUUCCUGAAGCUCCUGCUGAGGACGGAAACGUCGGCCAGAUGCUCUAUAGAAUUGAAGAUAAGGGAAAGGAAUAUGGUUCUUACAUCAAAUCUGGAGGCUUUAGAUGGUUUGUCAGAGAAACAGGGUCUUCUGAUGCCCGGCUUGGUCCUCGUGGAACUGUUGUUUUCCUCCAUGGUGCUCCAACACAGUCCUACGGUUAUCGAGUUGUGAUGUCACAGAUGGCCGAUGCUGGUUUCCACUGUUUCGCGCCUGAUUGGAUAGGAUUUGGUUUCAGUGACAAGCCACAGCCAGGAUAUGGUUUCGACUACACUGAGAAAGAGUACCAUGAACAACUGGAUAAAUUGCUCGACGCACUGGACAUCAAAUCUCCUUUCUCGCUGGUGGUUCAGGGAUUUCUUGUAGGUUCUUAUGGAUUAACUUGGGCCUUAAAGAACCCCAGCAGGAUAUCGAAACUUGUAAUAAUGAACACUCCUCUGACAACUUCAUCUCCUAUCCCAGGAUUAUUUCAACAGCUCAGAAUUCCGCUGCUUGGUGAAUUCACUUGCCAGAAUGCUAUAAUGGCUGAGCGCUUUAUUGAAGCAGGUAGCGCCUAUGUCCUGAAGGUGGAAAAAGCUGAUGUUUAUCGACUACCAUAUCUGAGAAGCAGUGGCCCUGGAUUUGCUUUGCUUGAAGCUGCCAAAAGAGCCAACUUCAGAGCAACAUCAAGCCAGAUAGCUGAUGGCUUCAAAUCCGAGAGGUGGGAUGCACCAAUAUUAGUUGCAUGGGGUAUGUCCGACAAGUAUCUCCCUCAGUCGAUUGCGGAGGAGUUCCAAAAAGGAAAUCCAACUGCGAUAACUCUCAAGUUAAUCGAAGGGGCUGGUCAUAUGCCUCAAGAAGACUGGCCUGAGAAAGUUAUUGAUGCUCUGAGAUACUUCCUCUGAUUAUGAUACCAUUGUAAGUAUACCUUUGUCUUGUGCCAUAUGGUAUCCUUCUCCUGAUAGUUACUGAAGGUUAAGGAUACUUUCCUCGACUCUGAAUAUGAUUGUAAACCUUCUUUCUCUACUCUAUAAAUACAGAUUAGUGCAUUGUAUAGAAUUUACAUUUAUUAUAUGUAAUGUCUUUUUGCUGAGAAUGGUGAGAACACUUCUGAGGAGUAUUCUCU